AGUCCUCCCUCUGUCACUAUCUCUAUACCGUUGGCUCCCAAACCAGGAUACUAGAAUACUAUUACUACCUUGACACAUCUCUUUGAGACGUUCUUCCUUGAUAUGGAUCUAAGGGGGUUUUGCCUGAGUGAAAACGUCAAUUUUCUCAGCCAGCACAACCACCUGUUGGUCUCCUCAAACACCGACGACGCUCCGUCACCAGAUGAUACAUGUAACAAGACGGAUUCCCCCAGCCCUACCUUCGCCCUGGACAGCACCACGCCAUUCAGUCCAAGCUCGGACAGCAGUGGAUACAGUUUAUUUUCACAGGGUCACUCGAUGGACCCGGAAUCCCCGAGUUCGAGCAGCAGCGGCAGCGUUGUCAGCGCAGCACCGGACACUAGCGGUGCAGCUAAGUUUUGGUCGGAGCGCAGUUUGGCGCUCUCGGCGCACGUUGACUCCAUCCUCAAAUGUGACUACCUAUCGUCUCUGCGCCCUGGACCUAAAAGGCUGUGCCUAGUUUGCGGCGACUUUGCAUCGGGAUAUCACUACGGAGUAGCGUCGUGUGAGGCAUGCAAGGCUUUCUUCAAGAGGACAAUUCAAGGUAACAUUGACUACAGCUGCCCUGUGAUGAAUGAGUGUGAGAUCACCAAGCGUCGGAGGAAGUCGUGCCAAGCGUGCCGCUUCCAGAAGUGCCUGCGCGCCGGCAUGAUGAAGGAAGGUGUUCGCAUGGACCGAGUCAGAGGAGGACGUCAGAAGUACAAGAGAAGGGGGGACUCUGGCCUCUCUCUUUAUACGAAGGCCCCCGACACACACCCUGUCAAGUCCAACGGAAACAAAGUCAUCUCCCAGCUCCUCUUGACAGAGCCAGCCCCCCUAUGUGCCACGCCUGACAACUCAACCAAUGAUGACAACCUUAAAGCCCUGCUGACGCUGUGUGACCUCCUAAACAGGGAACUCCUGGUCAUGAUUGGCUGGGCAAAGCAUAUCCCAGGCUUCUCUGCCCUUUCAUUGGUGGACCAGAUGGCCCUGCUGCAGAGUGGUUGGAUGGAGACACUGGUCUUGUCAGUGGUGUUUCAGUCUUUGGGCUAUGGGGAGGAGCUGGUGUUUGCUGGGAACCUGCGUCUGGACCAGGCCCAGUGCAGAGCGGCAGGACUCUCUGACCUCUACACCGCCCUGAGACAGCUGACCACCAAGUACCAGCAGAUGAACCUGAGCCAAGAGGAGGUGGUCACUCUCAAGGCUAUGGCCCUCGCCAACUCCGACGCAGAGAACCUGGAGAAUGCGGAGGCAGUGCAGCGGUUCCAGGACGGACUCCAUGAGGCCCUGCAGGAGUACGAGAGCUCCCAGCACACAGCAGAGCUCCACCGGGCAGGCAAGCUUCUCAUGACCCUUCCCCUGCUCCGGCAGACUGCCAACCGCGCCGUGGACACCUUCUGUAGACUCCACCUGGAGGGCCGCGUGCCCAUGCACAAACUCUUCCUGGAGAUGCUGGACGCCAAAAUAUGACUGUUCUACUACACCUAACCUCCCAUUGGCCCCCACAAACCUUAACCAGGUGCUCCAUUGUUGAGGGGUCAGAAGUUCAGGGCUUGGUGGUUCGCAGUUUUAUGACAAGCCAUGGUGUCAUGGAACAAGACUGACUUAUAAGUCAAGGGCUCUAUUCAAUCCGUGUCGCGGAAGUUCAACGUUAAAGUGUGAUUGAAAUUUAAAGGCAAUGUUCCCGCAUUAGCGGAGACUGCAUUCACUGUAAACUUUUGUCUAUGUCAGCUCAAUCGGAAAUGACCUUUUACAAUGCUAUCGUGCAAUCUAUAACGCUUCAGUGAUAAACACUGAAUAGUCCCAAGUAUAGCAUAUUUUUGAGGUACUUUUUCAGAGGAGAGUAUGUACAAAAUGUUUUUUUUAUAUCAUGGCGAUUUUCAAGCCAUGAUAUUCAGUCAAUAUGAAAUUAUGUUACUCAUGUGAAAACAUAAUAGCACUACGGUUAUUGACGAUGCAUUCUGGUAGCUAGAGACCACAUAGCCAAAUGCCUCCAAGCAGUUAGCCAGGCUGAACCAAACUAUUAGUACUGCUAUCAUUACAAACAGCACAUUCUUCUGACUUCCCUGCCUUACCAUACUGUACUAAGAAGGUGCGACGCCAUUUUUUAUUUUAUUUAUGUAUUUAUUACAUGAUCGCUGUACAAAGACAUGAACUGCUUUCAUACUAGCAUGUAUGCUUUUGAAUAAAAUGCUUUUGGAAUUAAA